UUUUAUAGGGCUGUAAAGCGGCUUAAAACAGUGCUAAAUGGUUACCUGGGAAAUUCUAUCGAAAUAUUCACAAACUGCUCUUCGAAGGCCCCAUUCUAAAAGAACUCUAGGAAACCCAGUAGCGCCACGACCAAUGAAGAGCCGUCAUCUGGUGCUGGAAACGGUUCCGACGCAGUCAUUCCCUCAGUGGUUGCAUCAACAAUUUCCGUUCCGAAGGCCACCACCAUUCCUUCCAUCCCACCAGGAAUGUUCGCCCAACACAUCGUAUCAGCCGCUGCUUAUACCUCUUCUUGUGCCAUUACCGAUUAAGAAGCGGAAGAUGGUGACGACGAUUAUGCAUCGUUUCCAGCGAAUAUGAUCUUCGGUCAGUCAAAAUGGGCGAUGAAGAUUAGAAUCAGGUGUUCUGUGGCCGUUCAAAGUUGUUCAGGACGACAAACAGUUUAAGAGGCCUCGGCGAGUUGAAAUUUUGUGUAGCAAAACUGAUCCAAGCAAAUUUCGAAUUGUCAUGCGAGGCGAACAGAUGCACAAAAUUGCUGCCAACCAUUCGAUUGAAUAAGCUUGCGCCAAACAUCGCAAUGUUUUAUAGUCGAAGAGGCAGCAAACGAAUGUAUUAGAAGAACAAAAACUAAAAAAUAAACUAAUGAAAUAAAAAUCUAGCUUUUUGUAACAAAACCGAAAAACCUAAAUGAAUGGCAACAAUGCUAAUUGGCCCAGAAACGGUUCGAAAAACCGUUCUGUUUCGGUCCGAAAUCGGUCCUUUUUUACAGAUGGAUGCUAUGGCAAUCGGCCCAGAAUCGGUUCGAAAAAUCGUUCGGAUUCGGUCCGAAAUCGGUUCUUUUUUUCGGAUAGAGGCUAUGGCAAUCGACCCAGAAUCGGUUCGAAAAUUCGUUCGGUUUCGGUCCGAUAUCGGUCCUUUUUUCGGAUGGACGCUAUGGCAAUCGGCCCAGAAACGGUUCGAAAACCAUUAGGUUUCGGUCCGAAAACGGUUCGCUUGUUUUGACAUUUGAUCUGCUCGAACUGGUUGAAAAAACUUAUCGUCGUCCGAAAAAGUGUUUCAUUUUCGCACGAUUUUCUACUAAACUCGGCCCGAUUUCUUAUACGAUUUCGGACCGAUCGAGCAGAUGAA